GACAACCGACGUUGGGUCUUGGAGGCCUUUGCCUUAGAGCAGGGAAUAGCUCUGAUUCAGAGGAACCAGAAGCCACUCCCCUGGUGGUGGGGAGAGAACCAGGAGCUAUUUUCUAGGGAACUGUGGAAUGUGCUCUUGGGGGCCCAGGAAAAUAAAAGGAAGAUGCUCCAGACCAGUAACUAUAGCCUGGUGCUUUCCCUACAGUUCCUGCUACUGUCUUAUGACCUCUUUGUCAAUUCCUUCUCUGAGCUGCUUCGAAUGGCUCCUGUCAUCCAGCUGGUGCUUUUCAUCAUCCAGGAUAUUGCAGUCCUCUUCAACAUUAUCAUCAUUUUUCUAAUGUUCUUCAACACCUUCGUCUUCCAGGCUGGCCUGGUCAACCUCCUGUUCCAUAAGUUCAAAGGGACCAUCAUCCUAACAGCUGUGUACUUAGCUCUCAGCAUUUCCCUUCAUGUUUGGGUCAUGAAUUUACGGUGGAAAAACUCCAACAGCUUUGUUUGGACAGAUGGACUUCAAACACUGUUUGUAUUCCAAAGACUAGCGGCAGUACUAUACUGUUACUUCUACAAACGGACAGCUAUGAGACUAGGCGACCCUCGCUUCUACCAGGACUCUUUAUGGCUGCGCAAAGAGUUUAUGCAAGUCCGAAGGUGACCUCUUCUUGUCACACAGAUGGAUGCCUUUCUUUCCUGAUAGAAGUUACGUUGCUGCUGUGCUGGGAGGCUUUUCCUUAUGCACCAGGAAGCAGCUGAAUUUUCCUAGGAGACCACAGGCCAAUUACGUUCAGCAUUCAAGAAGGGAGAUCCUCAGUUAAAGCGUUCCCUAACAGAUUCCAAUACAUAAUCCAUCAGUCGCCUCUCACCUCAGUUCUACCCACUUUCCUUCCUUUCCUGCUCCAUACUGUUCAUUCUCUCUGACCUUUCUUUCUUAAAGCAGGCUCUGUGGCUCUUACCCUUAUGAAGCUUUUCAUUUAGACUGAGACAGGAGGAUCUCCAGCCCCCACUUUCCUUGUACUAGAACGAGUGACUGAAGGAUGUGACAAGUGGUAGGUGUGUGCUUCUGACUGAUCACACUUUAGACAUUUAUACUUUAUA